GGGAGAGAUGACACAAAUGAAAAGGUGGAGCUCUGGAGAUAGGAAGUCUCAAAAUCUCCCUGUGGCAUAUGUCACUUUCCUCAGAAUGGUGGAGGAGUUUUGGGACAGUCCUGUAAUCCCGUGGAGAGAAAGGAGAGGUUGUUUUUGACGAACCAGGCCAUCAGAACUGUUUGAUAAAAGAAGUGUUUGUAAAGACAACUGUGGAAACUGGAGUAGGAGUUAAAAGCUGGAGUUACUUCCUCUUCCAUAAACAUCAUGAGAAGUCGAAGAAAUGGUACCUUGGAGAGCUCAAAAAGUCUUUACUCGAGUAUCUCUCGUAGCACAGAUCUAUCAUACAGUGAAAGUGAUUUGGUACACUAUAUUCAAGAGAACUUUAAGAAGAGAGAGUGUGUCUUUUUCACUAAAGAUGCCAAGUCAAUCGACAACCUGUGUAGAUGUGGAUACUCGAAAACACAACAUAUACAAGGGACUCAGAUCAACAGCAAUGAAAAGUGGAAUUAUAAGAAGCACACUAAAGAAUUGCCCACGGAUGCCUUUGGAGAUAUUGAAUUUGAAAACUUAGGCAAGACAGGGAAGUAUAUUCGCCUGUCAUCUGACACAGACUCUGAAACACUCUAUAAUCUCAUGACCCAGCACUGGCAACUGAAAACACCCAACCUCAUCAUCUCUGUCACAGGUGGAGCCAAAAAUUUUGCUUUAAAACCACGCAUGCGUAAGAUUGUUAGCAGACUGAUCUACAUUGCACAGUCUAAAGGGGCCUGGAUAUUCACUGGAGGAACUCAUUAUGGAUUGAUGAAGUACAUUGGGGAAGUUGUAAGAGAUAACACUAUCAGCAGGAGUUCGGAAGAGAGUGUGGUUGCCAUUGGUAUAGCUGCCUGGGGAAUGGUUUCUAACCGUGAGAGUUUGAUCAGAAACUGUGAUGCUGAGACAUAUUAUUCAGCACAUUACAUCCUGGAUGACUUCAAGAGGGACCCAUUGUACUGUCUGGAUAAUAAUCAUACACAUCUAAUUCUGGUUGAUAAUGGUACACAUGGAUACCCAGCUACAGAGGCCAAGCUCCGAACCCAGUUAGAAAAAUAUAUUUCGGAACGCAUUAUUCCAGAUUCUAACUAUGGUGGCAAGAUUCCAAUUGUGUGUUUUGUCCAGGGAGGUGGAAAAGAAACUCUGAAAGCAAUUAACACUGCGGUGAAGAACAAAAUUCCUUGUGUGGUGGUGGAAGGUUCUGGACAGAUUGCUGAUGUGAUUGCAAGUUUAGCAGAUUCAGAAGGCACGCUCACCUCCUCCUCUGUCAAAGAGAGAUUGCUCAGAUACCUGCCACGGACUCUUUCCAGGCUCACCGAAGAGGAGACUGAAAGUUGGAUCAAAUGGAUCAAAGAAGUACUUGAAAAUCCUCAUCUGCUAACUGUGAUUAAAAUUGAAGAAGCUGGAGAUGAAAUUGUGAGCAAUGCCAUAUCCUAUGCUCUUUAUAAAGCUUUCAGCACAAAUGAGCAAGAUAAAGACAACUGGAAUGGGCAACUGAAAUUGCUUUUGGAAUGGAACCAGCUAGAGUUGGCAAGCGAAGAGAUUUUUACUAAUGAUCGACGUUGGGAGUCUGCCGACCUUCAGGAUGUCAUGUUUACAGCCCUGGUGAAGGAUAGACCAAAAUUUGUUCGUCUUUUUCUGGAAAAUGGAUUGAAUCUGAGGAAGUUUCUCAGUAAUGAUGUUCUAACUGAGCUCUACACCAACAACUUCAGCAGCCUGGUGUUUAAGAACCUACAGAUUGCAAAAAACUCGUACAAUGAUGCUCUCCUUACAUUUGCGUGGAAGAUGGUGGAGGAUUUCAGGAGAGGCGCCAAAAAAGAGGAUAAAAACGGAAAAGAUGAUAUAGAGAUACAGCUGCUGGAUAUGUCUCUUAUUACCCGGCAUCCCCUACAGGCCCUCUUUAUUUGGGCAGUCCUUCAAAACAAAAAGGAGCUAUCCAAAGUGAUUUGGGAACAGACUAGAGGCUGCACGUUGGCAGCAUUAGGGGCAAGCAAACUCCUGAAAAGCUUGGCUAAGGUUAAGAAUGAUAUCAAUGCUGCAGGGGAAUCGGAGGAGCUGGCCAAUGAAUAUGAGACACGAGCAGUGGAGCUGUUCACUGAAUGUUAUAGCAGUGAUGAAGAACUGGCUGAACAGCUUCUAAUAUAUUCCUGUGAGGCUUGGGGUGGAAGUAAUUGUCUGGAGCUUGCUGUGGAAGCCAAAGAUCAACAGUUCAUUGCUCAGCCAGGAGUACAGAAUUUUCUUUCAAAACAAUGGUAUGGAGAAAUAUCUAGAGACACCAAGAACUGGAAAAUCAUUCUGUGCCUUUUCCUUUUCCCCUUAAUAGGCUGUGGCUUCAUCUCCUUCAGGAAGAAGCCAAUUGAGCGGAGCAAAAAAUUGUUGUUCUACUAUGCCUGGUUCUUCACAUCACCCUUUGUUGUCUUCUCUUGGACAGUCAUCUUCUACAUUGUCUUCCUCCUGUUGUUUGCCUAUGUCCUGCUUAUGGAUUUCCAGAAGUCACCCACCAUGCUGGAACUGAUCCUCUAUGUGCUGGUCUUCAUCCUGCUUUGUGAUGAAUGGUAUAUGAAUGGUAGCAAGUACUUCUCAGAUCUAUGGAAUGUUAUGGACACCCUUGGGAUUUUUUACUUCUUAACAGGAAUAGUGUUCAGGCUCCACUCUUCAAAUGAAACAUCUUGGUAUUCCGGCAGAGUAAUUUUCUGCCUUGAUUACAUUAUUUUUACUCUCAGGCUGAUCCAUAUUUUCACAGUAAGCAGGAACCUAGGCCCCAAAAUAAUAAUGCUUCAGAGGAUGCUGAUCGAUGUCUUCUUCUUCCUCUUCCUCUUCGCGGUAUGGAUGGUGGCAUUUGGUGUAGCCAGACAGGGGAUACUACGGAAGAAUGAACAGCGCUGGGAAUGGAUAUUCCGAUCAGUCAUCUAUGAGCCUUACCUUGCCAUGUUUGGCCAUUAUCCUACUGACAUUGAUGGCACCACAUAUGAUUUUGAUCACUGUACCUCCAUUGGAAAUGAAUCCAAGCCUUUGUGUGUAGAGGUGGAUUCCAAUAACCUGCCACGAUUCCCAGAGUGGAUCACUAUCCCAUUAGUGUGUAUCUACAUGCUAUCAACCAAUAUCCUCCUGGUUAACUUGCUAAUAGCCAUGUUUGGCUAUACAGUUGGAUCAGUUCAAGAGAACAAUGACCAAGUAUGGAAAUUCCAGCGCUACUUCUUGGUUCAAGAGUACUGCAGUCGAUUAACUAUACCUUUUCCUUUUGUCAUCUUUGCCUAUAUCUACAUGGUCAUGAGAAAACUUUUAAAAUGCUGUUGCAAAAGUGAAUCUAAACCACCAUCCAUUUGCUGUUCAAGAAAUGAAGAUAAUGAAACACUGGCAUGGGAAGCUGUCAUGAAAGAAAAUUAUCUAGUCAAAAUCAAUACGAAAGCUAACGACUCAUCAGAAGAAAUAGCCCAGCAGUUUAGACAACUGGAUAUCAAGUUGAAUGAUAUGAAAUGUCUUCUGAAAGAUCUUGCCAGCAAGCUCAGAUGAAAGCAGCCUGGAUCUAAGAGGACUCUUCCAGCAGAGUAAACAUCCAUAGUGGAGGAACAUGACUUGAACAAACAAGAAUUAUCGGUUUCUUGUUGGAUGGGAAGAAAGACUUCCAUAUGUUCUCCUCCCCCUUUUCUUUUUACUGAAGUGUAUUGUUUUGAGGAUAACUCUUAAGCACAUUUGUUUAAGUGAAAUGUAUCAUUUAAAAAUGGAAGUAUGAGGGGAGUGCUGAAAAUUUCCUGGCCCAACCAAGAAGAGAAUGACCUAGAACCACAACACUUACAUGCUAUUCCACAUAUUGACCCCAAAGUUUGACACUCUUGGCACAGUGUUGAGUCAUUGCAAAAAAUUAUUACAAGAUUGAUCAAAUGUUGCAAAAUCAGCUUGGAGGUAUCCACUCAAUUUCGUUUCUGGUUAGCAUUCAAACAUUUUGGCACCCACUUGGCUGACAGCCUCUGCAUAGCCAACUGGUCAUGAGUUCCCAGGAUAUUUCUAGUGUCUCAGCAAGUGUUUUAGCUGAGAUUCACCUAUCUGGUAACCUCUCGUCUCGAUUUCUGCAAUGCACUCUACAUGGGGCUACCCUUGUGCUAUGUUUGGAAGCUUCAGUUGGUACAAAAUAUGGCAGCCAGGUUGGUCGCUGGUAAAUCCAGAUUUGACCACAUUACUCCUAGUCUAAAAUCCCAAAAUCUCAAACUCUCCAUGCUGAAAGUUGGUAUACCACUUACUUCUUCACAGCUGAAUAUGGGGGAGGAGGGCACUUGUAAUUCAAUGUUUGCAUCAUACAUUCUUCCGGGUUUUUUUUGGGGGGGGGGAGUUUCCUCCUGCAGGAGAAGGACCUUAAUGACAGCCCAGAGUUCUGCACUUAAAAAUUCCACGCUUUUCAUUGACAUGACUCUAUCAAUGAUCUGAGAAAAGUCAGAAAUUAGAGCUACAGUCCUGAAAAUUGGAUGUUUACAAUACAAAAGAACAUUCUUUCAAGAAAUAUUGACAAAAUUAUGGUCAAAUUUUGGAAAGUGGGUCAGGCCGAGAACUUUUUAGCAUCCCCUCAUACUGAAUCUUUCUGAGUCUUGGUGUUAAUUUCUACAGACGUUUGCCCUUUGGUGUCUAAGCUGACAGAGGUUUUAACUUGAUGAGUAUCUAAUCAUCCAUAGCUAUGAGAUAUACGCUCAGGCAACUAUUCAUACCAAAUCAUGGCAGAUUGCCUUGAUUUCUGAACAAUUAUUGGAGCGUAGUAAUAAUGAUAACUGCUACAGCUAAACAGCUGUAUCCUCACAGAUAUAGAAAGUUGUUGGAGAAUGUGACAAGUGGAAUUCAGAGGAAGUAAAUGGAUCAUGAACAGCCAUGCUAUUAGGCUUUAUAACCCUUGAACCUCUUUCAGUGUGAAAUUCUAUCCUUCAAUCCCUUUCAGUGUAAACUCUCAUCCACAGUUUCACUUACCUUUGGGUGAACACCCCCCUUCUCUACUCUUCAAAUCUGCAAUUCCUAUAGAAAUAAAAGACGAGGCCUCUAGAUAAUCCUUAAUUGAAAGGAAAAAAAACACCCCAAAAUAGUGUUACUUUCUAUUAAUGAUGCUGCUAAGAUUUGGAAAACUUCAAGAGCAACUGAAAACCAGUUUGGAAACAAUGAGAUUUUUACAAUUUGAGCCAAUGAAAUUGGCUAGAUGCAAAUAAGAUGAAAAC